AUGUGUCUGUCAACAGGUUCUCAGGAAAGAUUCCAGACCUGCUAUCAAGUUGCACAAACUUGCAGUAUUUGAAUCUUUCAUGGAAUUCAUUUGAUGGCCUAAUACCAACAUCACUCACAAGUCUAAAAAAUCUUCAGGCUAUUGAUCUCUCAAGCAACAAUUUGUCAGGUACGAUCCCAAUGGCUUUCCAAGAAAUGAAAAUGCUUCAAUAUAUCUAUCUCUCUUCAAACAACUUAAUAGGAGAAGUUCCGAAGAGAGGAGUUUUUGCAAGAAUUGAUAAGUCAGCAGUUUCUGGAAAUGUUGGCCUCUGUGGUGACUGGAUUAAAUUACAACCAUGCUUUGAUUCCAAAAACAAACAAUUCUUGUUCUCUAAAAAGGUGAUAAUACUAGUUGUGAUUAGCAUUGCAAUCUUCAUCAUGUCUUCUGCAGUGUUCCCAUUUUUUUAUAGGAGGAAUACAAAUCAGAAUAUCCCAAACCUCAACUUUGGGCCUGAAAGGAUUUCACAUGAAGAGCUUGUAUAUGCAACUAGUGGAUUUAGCCAAACCAAUCUAUUAGGAGUUGGUAGUUUUGGAUCUGUUUAUAGAGGGAUUCUCAAAAAUGGUACAAAUAUUGCUAUUAAAGUUCUCAAUUUGCAGGAUGAAAAUGCUAUCGAAAGUUUUGAAAGAGAAUGCAAUGUGCUAAAGAGAGUUAGGCAUCGCAAUGUGAUCAAAAUUAUUUCAGCAUGUUCUAACCUUGAUUUUAGAGCAUUGGUUCUUCCAUUCAUGUCAAAUGGAAAUUUAGAGAGAUGGCUAUAUCCUCAGGGAGGAGAUGAAUGCAGAUUAAAUUUGGCUGACGAUUAAGAAUAGCAAAGGAGAUAGCACAAGGAAUGGAAUAUCUACAUCAUUAUUGCUUUGUUAAAGUUAUUCAUUGUGACCUGAAACCUAGUAAUGUGUUAUUAGGGAAUGACAUGACUCCACAUAUAGCAGACUUCGGCAUUGCAGAACUCUUAUUUGAGAAUUCAAUGAAUUCAUUGACUUCUACAACUGCACUAAAGGGAUCUAUUGGCUACUUUGCACCAGAGUAUGGAGUUGGUGGAAACAUUUCAACAAAAGGGGAUGUCUAUAGCUAUGGAAUUCUACUUUUAGAAUUGUUGACAAGGAGGAGACCAACACAUACCAUGUUUGUAGAAGGUAUUAAUCUACCAAAAUGGGCUAGUAUAGAUUUUCCAAAUAAAAUUGAAGAAGUGGUGGACAACCAAUUGCUUAGAGAUGUUAAUGAGUCAAAUAAAGCAAUGGUGUUAACAUGCCUUAGUCAAUUUAUGCAAGUAGGAUUGGUUUGCACAAGGGAGCUGCCGCAACAAUGUCCGAAUAUGAUGGAGAUAGUUGAAAGAUUAGAAAAAAUAACAAGUGCAUUUCUCGGUACUCCAAGAGAUUUUCAUUUGCCAAUAAAUAUCUUACCUUUGCUUGAGAGUACAAAUGAACCAAGAAAUUGUAAUUCAAGGAGCCCUGGAAAUUGGUCUACAUCUACAUCUUAGCUCUUCACUCAACUAAUAGCAAGUGUUAAGUAUUCCUGCCU